UAAUCAAGUAUCCGUGUUACAUAGUGAAACAUUAAUUUACACCAUUUCUUCUCCACCUUACACCACAAGAACUAUAAAUACCAUACACAUCCUAGUUUAUGCCUAUAUAAUAAUUAACCUUCUUGAUAAACACUUGGUCGAGAAGUGAAAUAUGGGUAGCAAGAUCAGUGGUAUUGUUCUUAUAUGCAUUAUCUUACUUGUUACUUUUAAUUUAGACGUCACCCUCAGUACUCAAGAUCCUGGCAAGCAACCGACGAAAACAUGUACGGCCUAUAUUGAUCGACCACCAUGUACAGAUGAUUUCUGUGCUAAAAAUUGUCCAAACUACACCAAUAAUGCUCCCGUUAUAUCUUCAGUUUGUGAAUUACCAAAGAAAUACCGCUGCAUAUGCACCUUUAAAUGUUAUGCUCCUCCACCUCUUUCCCCAGAAAAUUCAUUUUCCUAUAAUAAUUGAGGCUGGAUCAAAAUUUACAAAAUUUGAUUCUAAUAAUCUACUCUUUUGUUACCUGCUUAUAACACUUUCACCUCUUACUCUUUUUCAGAAUAAUCCAAUAUUGAUUUCUUCGAAUUUAAAUCCCCGUCUGCGUAUCAAAUGAGAUUGCAGAUUUUUUGUUAAAGACAACGGAGUUUCGAAAGGUUAAGUAAAAGGGGAGACUGUCAUUAGCAGGCCGAAAAAGAUUAGAUUAUUACAAUUAAAACUUAUAAAUACUAAUAUACACAAUACUACGUAUAUUGUACUCCAUAAUAUCUAAACGUAUACAAAAAGUAAAUAAAUGUGUGUUGUAUACACAACCUGGAAUAAAUAAAUUUGUUUUACUUACUGUUGGAAUGAUUCGAUGUUACAAUAAUUGUCUUGUUUGCCUAGUUUUCUUACUGCUAAUUAUGAUGACUAGUAUUCCAC